GUCAGCCUCGCAGACAUUGCAGCAGAGCCCCGAACUCGGGAGGCGGCGGCGGCGGCGGGGAAGGAAAGCGGCGGUGGCCCAGGCGGAGGCGGCCCAGGCGGAGGCACGACCCAGCCGCGCGCACACGCCCGGGGCCUCGCAGGUCCUCCGCUGCGCGCUGGGCAGCGCGGCAGCUCCGAGACCAGAGCGGCCGGGGCAGCCGGGAAGGACGGGACGGGGCGGCGGGGUGCCUCGGUGGAGCGAGCCUGACUAAGCCGGAGGGAUUCGGAGCCCGGCGGCCUCGGGAAGUAUUUGGAUCGAGACCUUUCAGAACUCUGUUCGCAGGGUGCAUUAUUUUUACGUGUGGGAGAAUCAGAAGCUGACUGAGAGAAGACGGAGAAUCUGAAGACUGCAGAUGACACCAGAGCUACUUUUCAGCAGCCUUCUCAAUUUCCCUUCUCAGAAAGCAGGAGGCUCAAACCUUGGAAACAGAGGACUGAGUCUCCUAGAAUUUGGCUUGCUAUAUGUUCUCCUUGGAAGGCUAUGUCUGCCCAUCCCUGAGACAUAAAGAUGACAAGGAUAAUAUAACUAACUCCUGCCAGUGAGCAGUUCAUACUCUGCUGAGGAGCUGGGCAUACAUUUAGCAAAAUACAUUUUUAAUACUGCUAUUUGCAUUUGAUGAAGAAUUAAAAAAUGAAGAAAGAAAACAAAUAUAUUCACUAAGACAUCUGCUUGCUACUACAAAUACAUAUUGCAGGAUUCCUCUGCUCCUGCCUGGGAAGUUGAUCAACUCUGUGGUCAGACUGCAUGCAAGUUUACCUGCCUGGUGUCUUUCCAGAGGAAUUCUGGUCAGAAUGUAACAGCACAGUUCUGUCUAAUUGCUAUGGGAAGUGAUAAACUGUCACUCACUUUUUAAAGUUACGUCUUGCCCACUACUAUCACCACCAUCACCAUCAACAACAACAAAAACAUUCUUUACAGUGACUAGAAACCAAGCCCCUGUGAACACUCCUAUUGAACAUGACUCAUGGAGAAGAGCUUGGCUCCGAUGUGCAUCAGGAUUCUAUAGUUUUAACUUACCUAGAAGGAUUACUAAUGCAUCAGGCAGCGGGGGGAUCAGGUACCACCGUCGACAAAAAGUCUGCUGGACACAAUGAAGACGAUCAGAACUUUAACAUUUCUGGCAGUGCAUUUCCCACCUGUCAAAGUAAUGGUCCAGUUCCCAGUACACAUACUUACCAGGGGUCUGGCAUGCUGCAUCUCAAAAAAGCCAGGUUGUUGCAGUCUUCGGAGGACUGGAAUGCAGCAAAGCGGAAGAGGCUGUCUGAUUCCAUCGUAAAUUUAAAUGUAAAGAAGGAAGCUUUGCUAGCUGGCAUGGUUGACAAUGUGCCUAAAGGCAAACAGGAUAGCACAUUACUGGCCUCUUUGCUUCAGUCAUUCAGCUCUAGGCUGCAGACAGUUGCUCUGUCACAACAAAUUAGGCAGAGCCUCAAGGAGCAAGGGUAUGCCCUCAGUCAUGAUUCUCUAAAAGUAGAGAAGGAUUUAAGGUGCUAUGGUGUUGCCUCCAGUCACUUAAAAACUUUGUUGAAGAAAAGUAAAGCUAAAGAUCAAAAGCCAGAUACCAGUCUUCCUGAUGUCACUAAAAACCUCAUUAGAGACAGGUUUGUAGAGUCGCCUCAUCAUGGGGGACAGAGUGGAACUAAAGUGUUGAGUGAACCCCUAUCAUGUGCUGCACGGCUGCAGGCCGUCGCUAGCAUGGUGGAGAAAAGGGCUAGUCCUGCCACAUCACCUAAGCCUAGUGUUGCUUGUAGUCAGCUUGCAUUACUCCUUUCGAGUGAAGCUCAUCUGCAGCAGUAUUCUCGGGAACAUGCUUUAAAAACACAAAAUGCAAAUCAAGCAGCAAGCGAAAGACUUGCUGCCAUGGCCAGAUUACAAGAAAAUGGCCAGAAGGACGUCAGCAAUUUUCAGCUCUCAAAAGGAAUGGCAAGCCAUCUUAAUGGUCAGGCAAGAACAUCUUCAGGCAAGGUGAUGGGUAGCAAAAACAGUGCUACAACAUUUCCAAACCCAAUGGGUCCUGUUCCUUCUUCCCCUAAAAAUUCAGGCUAUAAGAACUCCCUGGAAAGAAACAAUAUAAAGCAAGCUGCUAACAAUAGUUUGCUUUUACAUCUUCUUAAAAGCCAGACCAUACCUAAGCCAAUGAAUGGACACAGCCAAAAUGAGAGAGGAAGCAUUUUUGAGGAUAGUAGUACACCUACAACUAUGGAUGAAUAUUCAGAUAACAACCCAAGCUUCACAGAUGACAGCAGUGGUGAUGAAAGUUCAUAUUCCAAUUGUGUUCCCAUAGACUUGUCCUGUAAGCACCGGAUGGAGAAACCUGAGUCUGACCAGCCUGUUUCUUUUGAUAAUUUAACUCAGUCCUUGCUAAACACUUGGGAUCCAAAAGUCCCAGAUGUGGAUAUCAAAGAGCAAGAUACCUCAAAGAAUUCUAAACUAAAUUCACACCAGAAAGUAACACUUCUUCAGUUGCUUCUUGGCCAUAAAAAUGAAGAAAAUGUAGAAAAAACCACCAGCCCUCAGGGAAUACACAGUGAUGUGACAAAAUUCAGUACACAAAACUAUACAAGGACUUCAGUGAUAGAAAGCCCCAGUAUACACAGGACUACUCCAGUGAGCACUCCACCAUUACACACAUCGACCAAAGCAGACUCUCCCAUCAAUCUCUCUCAACACUCUAUGGUCAUCAAGUGGAAUUCCCCACCAUAUGCCUGCAGUACUCCCUCUGAAAACCUGACAAAUACUGCAUCCAACCACCUGAUGGAUCUUUCAAAAAGCAAAGAGUCACAAGGAGAGAAACCAGCUCCGAAUGAAGGUGCACAGAAUUCUGCAACCUUCAGUGCCAGUAAACUGUUACAGAAUUUGGCACAGUGUGGAAUGCAGUCUUCCAUGCCAGUUGAAGAGCCACGACCUAGCAAACCACUGUUAAGUGUAAACACAGAUAAAACUGUAGGUAUGAUUGACAGACUAAAUAGCCCUAUGCUCUCAAAUAAAACAAAUGCCAUUGAAGAAAGUAAGUCUUUCGGUAGCCAACCAACAGGUCCUGAACCAGGACUUUCUGGUUCUGAAAUAGAAAACCUACUAGAAAGACGCACUGUCCUCCAGUUGCUCUUGGGAAAUCCCAACAAAGGGAAGAGUGAAAAGAAAGAGAAACCACCCUUAAGAGAUGAGAGUACUCAGGAACAGAGAGAGAGAGCUUUAAAUGAGCAAAUAUUGAUGGUGAAAAUAAAAUCUGAACCCAAUGAUGACUUACAUAUUCAUAAUACCAACAUGCACUUGAGCCAUGAUGCCAAGCCCGCCUCAUUCUUAGGUAGGACUCCCACCGUGCAGAGAAGCGCAACUGCCUUACCUGUGACAGAGGACUUCAAGUCAGAGCCUGGUUCACCUCAGGACUUUUCUUUCUCAAAGAAUGGUCUAUUAAGUCGAUUGCUGAGACAGAACCAAGAGAGUUACACAGCUGAUGAUACAGACAAGAGUCAUAGAAAUAGUGACCUGCCACCUCCAGAAUCCAAGAGUCUUUGCACAGUUCCUAAGAAAAGGAAGCUUUAUACUGAGCCAUUAGAAAAUCCAUUUAAAAAGAUGAAAAACAACAUUGUCGAUGCUGCAAAUAACCACAGUGCUCCGGAAGUACUCUAUGGGCCUUUGCUUAACCAGGAAGAGCUAAAACUGAGCAGAAAUGAUCUUGACUUUAAAUAUUAUCCUUCUAGUCAAGCUUCUACCAGCGAAAACGAACAUCGGAGUUGGGCUAGAGAGAGCAAAAGCUUCAAUGUUCUAAAACAGCUGCUUCUCUCCGAAAACUGUGUGCGAGAUUUGUCCCCACACAGAAGUAAUUCUGUCAUGGACAGUAAAAAAAAGGGACACAAAAAUCAUGUGACCAGUAGCAAACCUGAAUUUAGCAUUUCUUCUUUAAAUGGACUAAUGUACAGCUCCACCCAACCCAACAGUGGCAUGGAUAACAGGACAUUUUCCUACCCAGGAGUAGUAAAAACUCCUGUGAGCCCUCCUUUCCCAGAACACUUGGGCUGUUCGGGGUCUAGGCUAGAACCUGGACUUUUGAAUGGGUGUUCCAUGACCAGUGAGAAGGGGCCCAUGAAGUGGGUUAUCACAGACAUGGAAAAGAAUGAGUAUGAAAAAGACUCUCCAAGACUGACCAAAACAAAUCCAAUACUGUAUUACAUGCUCCAGAAGGGAGGCACUUCUGUUACCAGUCAGGAGACACAGGACAAGGACAUCUGGAGGGAGUCUUCAUCUACUGAAAGUGUCUCACAGGUUACAAUCAAGGAAGAGUUACUUCCUGCUGCAGAAACUAAGUCUUCUUUCUUUAAUUUAAGAAGCCCUUACAAUAGCCAUAUGGGAAAUAAUGCUUCUCGCCCACACAGCGCAAAUGGAGAAGUUUAUGGACUUCUGGGAAACGUGCUAACAAUAAAAAAGGAAUCAGAAUAAAAUGUAGCUGCCAUCACCCAGCUCUGGAUUUUUUUUAAACUAAUUAGUAUGAACUUGAGAUCUGUAUAAAUAAGAGCAUGAUUUGAGACAAGCAUGGUAUAAUUGAAACUUUUUUCUUUUCCAUUUUGAAAAGUACUGGUUACUGGUGAUGUUUAAAUAUGCAUACUAAUUUUUGCUUAACAUUAGGUGUCAUGAGGAAACUAUUUGAACUAGCAAUUGGUUGUAUAACACUUCUGUAUGCAUCAGAGAACAACUGUGAGUAGACUAUGAAUGAAAUUCUUUCUUUUGUAAUAAUGAAUAAGAGGCAUAAAUUGAAAUGUAAAACUCUAUCCUAGUGGAUCAAUGCAUUUUGCUGCCUUUAUUAGAGUACCUUAUUUUGCAUCUCAGAAGUCAGUCUACAUAACAUUUUUACUGUCCAAACUGUUAACUCUUUAAAGGAUAAUUAUUAAAUUUUAAAAAAAAGCUCUGAUUCAUCUCUCAUUUUCAAUUCAAGAAUAAAUUAGAAAAAAACAUACAUUUUUCACUUUUGCUAAAAAAUAAAAACAAAAACAAAAAAGAACACAUUUAUUUUUAACUCUUGGAGGUGGUUUUGUGGUUCUCAAUGUGUCUGUCCCACCCCAGACCUUUUCAAUAUAUAUUUCUUUAAACCUUGUACUAUUUAGUAAAAAUAGAUUAUACUAGAAGGCAGUUUGAUAGAUCCUUAAAAAAAAAGGCAGAUUUCCAUUUUUGUAUUUUUAACUUCUUUACUAAAUUAAUACUCCUCCUUUUACAGAAUUUGGAAAGUUAACAUUUAUCUUCAGGUGGUUUCCUGAAUUGUUGACUAUUUAUGAAAUUGUUUUUAAUAAAAGCAAAAUGGCUUUUCUUUGGACAAUUUGCACCAUCUCUUGUAAAAUUAAUUCUCACCAUUCCUAUGGUAUCUUGUGAGUCUUAUGAGCAGGAUUUCUUAAAGCUGGACUCAGACCAUCUAUCUGUAUUAGAAUCAUCUGGAGCACUUGCUUUAAAAUGCAGAUUCAUAGGCAACAUCUCAGAGCUACAGCACGAGGAUCUCUGCUAAGUGGACCUGGGAAUCUUCCAUCUGCGUCUUAGCAUGCUCCCUAGGUGUUUCUUCUGCACACUGAUGUUUUUGAAAAACAUUGCUUAUGACUUUUCUCAGAACACAAGACUAUAAAACGAUUUGAUGCCUAUAUUUUCCCCAGUACAGCCACACAUAACUCAAAAUUUGCAGUAUUGUAGUUCCUAUAUUGCUGUUCGUUUUGUCUUUGGAAAUAGGGUUCUGAAUACUUUUUAUGACAAAAAAAAUUUGGGUCGAGGGGACAACUUUCAUAUCUGGCUCAACAUCUCAGGAAUGAGUAACAUCUUAAUUAGCCUUAGGGAUGGAAUAACAGGGCCACUUACCAAACUCAGGUGAUUCCAGGAUGGUUUGGAAACUUCUCCUGAAUACAUCCUUAUCUUCUAUUAACACCAUUGUCCUAUGAACAAUGCUGACAAAGAUUAGAAACAUUUAGUUUAAACCCAGGAAAGGCACUAAAACUCAGAUUGACUUAAGCAAAGAACAAAGAGCACUUAUCCAUGACAGAAUGUACAGUCAGUGUACAGUCACUCCCCUGGAUCUAUUCCUUCUAAACAAUGAUGAGAGGAAAACAUUGAUACUGUUGUGGGAGAACUUAACGUAUUAUUGAGCCACAUGGUAUUUCAAUGCGGAAAUAAGUAUUUUUAAGUUGACAUUUUACAGUCCAUACUUCAUUCACAUACACACAUAGGCACACACACACACACACACACAAUAUUUUUGUUUACAAUUGUGAGCCAGGUAAGCAACUGACCUAUCAAAUUAUUGUAUAGCCAACUAUUAAUUGGUAGGCAAUUUAAAGUUGUUCUACUUGAAGUUGUUUCUAUGAUUUUUUAUAUUAAAAAUGGACAUUAUUUCCUAAUAUGACCUAAAACUCUAAAAUAAUUAUCUUUUUUUCUCAAAGUGAUUUGUAAAUAGUUACUGGAUAUCUUAUAAUAGUCAGGAGUGUAUCUGAUGCUACAUAAUAGGGAAAUGAAUGCUUGUUCUGACAUGAAAAUUCCACUGGCCAGUGAAUUUAUUCUCUUCCAUGUCCUUACUGUGACAAUCCCAAUGUCUACACUGUAUAAACAAGCUUUGAAAUAAAUCUCUUUCUUUCUCAUUGUGAAAUAUCUAGAGCCUUAGAAGUGUUGUCAGAAAUGUUACUCUUCCUCAGAA